CUUGAUUCCAAAAGCCCGAUGAGCUUCCUCACUCAGCCUCAGGCUCAGUCUAUAUAUAUAAUCUGCCACUCUGAAUAUUUACAUGUGCCCCUGAGCUUAACACAGUGUUUGGCAGUUGUCACCACUUUUCUCCUAUUCCCAUUUUUUCACUGUACCUAUUUGUCUCAUUUGGCAGCUAUUUUCCACCUCUAUCCAAACGCUGCCUUAACCCAUUCUCUAUAUUAGCUUUCCCCCAUUUUCUGGUCUCUCUCACCAAAAAUCCACAAUCUCUCUCUCUCUCUCUAUCUGUUAUCAAAAUCCUCUGUUCUCUCUCUCUCUCUCCAAUGGAAGCUCUUGGAUUCCUCAGGUUCUGGAAAAACGCCGGCGUCGGCACCGGCGCUGACGUCGGUCUCUGUGCGGAUGACGUACACAAUCCUUCGUUCAGCUCCGAUGGAGAAGAAACCGACGACAACGAUUCGUUCUUCGAUCUGGUCAUCAAAUCGCCCGAUCGAGCUGCCGCCGAGACCCGCGGCGGCGAUUCGAAGGACUAUUCGAGCUCCAAGCCUCAAUCGCCGGUCAGCAUCCUACGGUCGGGCCCCAAAUUCAAGGUGUUCAUGCUUGGAUUCAGAAAAUCGCCGUGCCGCGAGAAGACGUCGAAGCCGAGCGCGGCGAAUCAGCUCUCGAGAUCGUCGAAGCUCGACCGUAUCGCAGCGAAAAACGGGGCGGAGGGGACGCCGGCGGACGGCGGUCCGAUUUUCGCCAGGGACAGCAGCCUGAGGACCAAAAUGCUGAAGGACGGCUGCGAGUACGGUGCUUCCCCCGACGUACCCGCCGCCGUGGAGAAAUCGGCGCCCAAAUACAUGAAGCUGAUGAAGCCUUUCUACGUCAGGGCGUCGAGGAACGCGAGGUCGUCGGAUUCGUCGACGCCGUCGUCUUCUCCGGCGGCGAAUCUGUCUUCCAGGAAAUUCUGUGAGGUGCGUAGGGUGGGGAGCUUCAAGAUCAUGUCGAGGAGUUUGGUGAAGAGCCGGUCGGCGUCGGCGACGGACGGACCGGCGCUGCCGCCGAUGCGCCGGAGGGACGAUUCACUGCUGGAGCAGUCCGAUGGAAUCCAAGGCGCCAUUCUUCACUGCAAAAAUUCCUUUAAUAAUCCCUCAUAUCGAGAAAUCUCGCAAUUGCCUCGGGCCGCAAGCGAUAACUCGUACGAGAAAUUGAGGAGAAAUACGUUUGAGGAGCAAAAACGGUGCAGCAUUUGAAUCGGAAAAUAAAUGGCGGGAAUGUCCGUAACGCUGAGGAGAGCAUGACGUCGUAUUUUCAGGGCUAUGAAAUGAUGACAAUUAAUUACUUCAAGAUUUUGUACAAGUAGGAUCAGUCUAAUGUCAAAUGAGUAGAGUAGUAGAGUAAGGUAGGACUUUUUUCUUUUCAUUAUUUUUUUUGUUUUCUCUCUGUAAAAAGUAACUGCUGGGUUUGAAAGUAGUGUGGUCUGUGCGAAAAAAAAAAGAAAUUAAAAGUUGAAAAAAUGAAAAAAGAUUGAGGGAAAUGAUUAUGAAUCUUCCCGUGUGACUGCAUUUUCAGAUGGUGCUUAACGCUUUGUAGCAGUAUAUAUGAGUUGUAUUUGUGUAUGAAUAUAUGAAUUUUGGAUUAAUUGUUGUCAACUUCAAAUCAAA